UGGAGGACGUUCCUUCGGCCAAUAACGGAGAGGACGUGAUCGGUGUCCAUCUUGCACAUAUGGACAAGCGGUAUGUUCUCUUCCAUUUGGCCACUUUUCCCGCAGUUGAUGUGAACUGUUGGGAAGCUGCCACGCGCCAACAGCGGCGUCAUCAGAAGAAACCCUAACGCACCCGCUUCUCGCCCGCCCGCAAACCCAAGCUCUCGAAGACGCUCAGUUGGUUUCCAUAAUCGGGUUUGCAGUCUGGAUCCCCAAUACCAGUAGGCUCUCAGCGCAGCGAUAGCAUACACCAUGGACACAGGAUCAGCUUCAGGUCCAGGUGGUCUACCCCCACCAGCAGGUCUGCCUGCCCAAGCCGCCAUUUUGCAAAAGAGGUUCCAACAACUGCUGGAUACGACCGCGCCGUACACAAUACCACGAUGGACGUUUACAGGGGUCUCGCUUGUCCUUUACUGCUUGCGCGUGUUCAUCGCUCAGGGAUGGUACAUUGUCACCUACGCCCUCGGGAUAUAUCUCCUUAACCUGUUCCUAGCGUUCUUGACGCCAAAGUUCGACCCAGCCUCAGACGACCUUCUCGAUAACAGCAGUGGCUCCCCCGGCGCCGAUGAGGGUCCCAGUCUGCUCCCUACGAAAGGCAACGAUGAGUUCCGGCCGUUCAUAAGAAGGUUGCCGGAGAUGAAGUUUUGGGUGUCGGCAACACGGGCAAUUUGGAUAUCGCUUUUCUGCGCAUUCUUCCGCGCGUUCGAUGUGCCUGUUUUCUGGCCUAUCCUGCUAAUGUACUUCAUCAUUCUCUUCACAAUAACGAUGCGAAGGCAAAUCCGCCAUAUGAUCAAGCACAAAUACGUCCCCUGGAAUCUUGGAAAGAAGCGAUACGGAGGGAAAUCCGAUUCCAAGUGAUAGCAGCGCGAAUGGCAACGAUACAGGGUAGCUUAGGAGGGGGGAGGAGCAUCCAUGUGGACAAUUGGAUGCGAGAUGCAUUAAUCGAUAUUAUUUGAAUGCUGAUUCUGGAAAGCUGGCCAGCCCGACCUAGGCGCCCGGCAAUGUGCGAAAAACAUGACGGGAUAGAACCGCUGAUUGUUCUGUAUCUGUUACUAAAAAGCUCCAGGCUGAAUAGAAUGGGCUUUUCCGGGGCUUUUGCUUGAUUUAACGUUUUAUAAGACCAUCCUUGCGCCUUC